UUGUGGACCAGUGUGGACCUACUAGCCUGGCUAGCCGAUCUGUACUGAGUCAUAGCUCGGAGUUUGAAUCUCUGGGGACCAAGGGGGACGAUGCCCUCCACUCCGGGUACGCACAGACUACUGGAGUGGACCAUGGUCGUGUUGCACAGAUUAGCAUCGAACGUGAGAAUUUGCGUAAAGUCAACGCGACGUUUCACCACCACCAGGCUCAACUCGAAAAUAUACGCACAACGUGCAAGGGAAACGAGACCAGGAACCAUGAAAGUAGCCGUGGAAGGAUGCUGUCACGGUGAAUUAGACAAUAUUUACAAGCACAUAGAAAUGCUCGAAAAGAAGAACCAAUACAACGUCGACCUCCUUCUAAUAUGUGGAGACUUCCAAGCAGUCCGUAAUCACCAGGACUUACAGUGUAUGGCGGUUCCAGACAAAUACAAGCACCUCCAAACCUUUCAUAAAUAUUACACAGGAGAGAAAAAGGCACCUGUGCUAACGGUUAUCAUCGGAGGGAAUCAUGAAGCGUCAAACUAUAUGUGGGAGUUGUAUCAUGGAGGCUGGUUAGCUCCUAAUAUCUACUUUCUCGGUCAUGCUGGAAGCGUGCUUUUCGGUGGUCUUCGUAUCAGCGGUGCAUCGGGCAUUUUCAAGGACUACAAUUUUCCGUCAGGUUACUUUGAAAGGAUGCCUUACGACCGCAGCGCCGUUCGGAGCAUCUACCACAUUCGGGAAUUCAACGUUCGUAAACUUUCUCUGUUACCCAGCCCGAACAUAUUCUUAUCUCAUGACUGGCCAGCCGGUAUCGAUCAGUAUGGAGACUUCCGUGCAUUAUUACGACGAAAACCACACUUUAGAGAAGAAAUAGAAAGGGGGAGUUUAGGCUCACCACCUCUCAUGGGGUUGCUUCAUACCCUUCAACCGGAGUGGUGGUUCGCUGCGCACAUGCAUUGUCGGUUUGAUGCAACCGUGGUUCACCCAAAUGUAGAAGAUGCACUUUCCGUGAGCGCGAACCCUGACGAAAUAUCUAUCGAAGAGGACUUCGAGUAUGCGGCCGGUAGCCCAUCGGCGGCUCAACCCCGGGUUGCGAGCAAUCCUGAUGAGAUUGCACUGGAAGACGAAGAAGAGGCCGUUGUUCCUGUCCCAGCUGCAAAAUCUCCGCCCGCUGUGACUCGGUUCAUUGCGUUGGACAAGUGUCUCCCCAGGCGUGACUUCCUUGAAGUACGCUAAUAGAUCAAUAAUGUUCUUCUACUGACAUUUUCGAAGGUCGUAAACAUAUCGACAAAUUCCCAGCGUUCUGCGGAGCUAUGCUUUGAUCCAGAAUGGCUUGCAAUUACUCGCGCGUUUCAUCCUUGGUUCUCCCUCACAAAGUCUCAGAAACCAUUCCCUGCGGAACACCAAGCCCGGAAAAUGAUUACCAAGGAACGUGAAUGGGUUCAGACGAACCUUCUUAAAGGUGGCACCGACACCAUACCUAUCUCCAGUACUCAGCAAUUCGUCAGAACUGCACCACCACCAGGUUCUGAAGGUUCUCAAAAGUUCAAACAACCACGGCCUGUUUCCAAUCCCCAGACCAAGGCGUAUUGUCAGAUGUUGCAAAUUGCGAAUAUGAUCAAUCAGUAGAAGGGGGCGGACCAAGGCUGUCAGGAAAUAGGCACAACAUUGCACCCCAAAAUACUCAAAUUGUACAACACCUCCUCUUCGAUAAUACACCCCAUUCACCACAAACAAAUGUCAUCCAGG